UGCUCCUCCUGCAAUAAGGACUCACUUCUUACUAGUUCCAAGGGAGUUUUCCAUGGAGGGCCGCUUCACCUGUGGACUCUGGCUGGUUGCCUUUUUCUUAGGAUGUGGGCGACUGUCGGCUUUCAACCUGGACACGGAUAACGUCCUGAAGAAGAGCGGGGACCCGGGCAGCCUGUUCGGCUUCUCUCUGGCUAUGCACCGGCAGCUGAACCCGGUGGAUAAGAGAAUGCUGUUGGUUGGCGCCCCCAGAGCCAAAGCCUUGAGUGGUCAGAAAGCUAACGUGACAGGAGGCCUGUACAGCUGCGACAUGAGCGCCACCUCUCCUGGAUGCAGCAGAGUGGACUUUGAUAAUGACGAGGAUCUAACAAGCGAAAGCAAAGAAAACCAAUGGAUGGGAGUGACGGUCAAUAGUCAGGGGCCAGGAGGCAAGAUUGUGACUUGUGCCCAUCGCUACCAGCGUCGGACCAACGUGAACACGGCCAUCGAGUCCCGUGACAUCAUCGGUCGCUGCUAUGUGCUGAAUCAGGACUUGACAAUCAAUCCCAUAUCGACUGAAGAAGGAGGCAACUGGCAUUUCUGUGACAGCCGGCCCAGAGGCCACGAGAUGUUCGGCUCCUGCCAGCAGGGCCUCUCUGCUACCUUCGACGACGACUACCACUACCUCAUCUUUGGAGCUCCUGGAGCAUACAACUGGAAAGGCGUGGUACGUUUGGAACAGAAGAAUGAAACUUUUGUGGAGCUGGGCAUCUUUGACGACGGUCCAUUUGAGGUGGGAGAUGAGGACGAAAAGAACCCCGAACUGGUCCCUGCUCCUGCCAACAGCUACCUGGGUUUUUCUCUGGACUCAGGGAAGAGUUUGACCAAGAAGGGCGAGCUGACGGUGGUAGCCGGAGCUCCCAGAGCAAACCACAGCGGAGCGGUGGUGCUGCUGAAGAAAGGCCACCCCGACAGCAACAUCUUGCUGGAAGAAUACACCCUGGAAGGAGAAGGACUGGCCUCGUCUUUUGGCUAUGAUCUGGCUGUGCUAGAUCUCAACAGGGACGGCUGGGAGGACAUAGUGGUGGGAGCACCUCAGUACUUUGAGAAGGAUGGAGAAAUUGGAGGAGCUGUGUACAUCUACAUCAACAAAGCUGGAAAAUGGGACCAAGUCACACCCACCAGAAUAGACGGACCCCAGGACUCCAUGUUUGGUCUGGCUGUGGAAAACCUGGGAGACAUCAAUCAGGAUGGUUUCCAUGAUUUUGCAGUGGGAGCUCCUUAUGCAGAUCACAGUGCCGGGCAUGUUCACAUCUAUCAUGGAUCAGCCUCAGGACAAGUGUCUAAAAAAGCUGCACAGGUUCUGUCUGGAAAGCCUUUAGGAGCGAAGCUGUUUGGUUACUCUUUGGCCGGCAACAUGGACCUGGAUAAGAACUCCUAUCCCGACCUGGCUGUCGGAUCUCUGUCAGAUGCCGUCUUUGUCUACAGAGCCCGUCCAGUUAUUAACAUCAAGAAGGAAAUCAAGUUUAUACCGAGUGAAAUCGACCUCACCAAAAAGAACUGCGGCAACAGCUUUUGCUUGACUGUUGAGGCUUGCUUCACCUACACCGCCAACCCCAAGAGCUACACUCCCAGGCUGACUUUGGCAUACAACCUCGAGGCCGAUGCUGACUACAGGAAGCUCGGUCUUAUUCCCAGAGGGACCUUCAUCGAGGAUCCCACCGCUGAACAUAACUAUGAGUCAAAGGGGACAUUAAGCAUAGACACCCAAGGGAAGAAGAAGUGCAUUAGACGCAAACUUGCUGUACAGGAAAAUAUCCGAGACAAGCUACGUGGAAUCCCCAUCGAUGUGUCCGUGGAUAUACAGGACGCCAAACGUAAACGGAGACAGCAGGCAGCUCCACUGACUCCUGUCCUGGACGCCAAUGAGCCAAUGAUAACCAGAUCAGAGGUGAACUUCCUGAAAGAGGGAUGCGGCAGAGACAAUGUGUGUGAGAGCAACUUGGAGGUGAAAUACCGCUACGGCCACAGGUCAACGGACUCUGAGACGUUCACGCCAUUAAAACUGGAGAAUGGCGUACCGGUGAUCUCGCUCAGCGACCAAAAGGACAUCGCCUUAGAGGUCACUGUGACCAAUAAAAACGGUGAUGAUGCUCACGAAGCCUACGUGAUCGUCUCCCUGCCCCGCUCACUGACCUACUCUGCUUCUCGCAACUUAGAUAAUGAGCGGCCGGUAACCUGCAUAGCCAAUAAAGACGGCUCCAAGGCUGAUUGUGAGCUGGGAAACCCCUUCAAACGAGACGCAGAGACGACCUUCUACGUUAUUUUGGGUGCAGCUGGCAUCUCUUUCAACACUUCAGAACUGGAGAUUGAUCUUCAACUAAAAACGACAAGCGACCAGCAGAAACUCAGUCCUGUCAAAGCAAAGGCAAAGGUGGCCAUCCUGCUGCAGAUGUCUGUAUCAGGACAAGCCCAGCCAUCUCAGGUCUACUUUACAGGAAAGGUCAAAGGUGAAACGGCCAUAAAGACUGAAAGUGACAUAGGCAGCGCCAUCAUACACCAGUUCAGAGUAGUCAACCUGGGAAGGCACUUGAAAGAUCUCGGUACUGCCUCCCUCGACAUUUACUGGCCAAAGGAGACCCAACAGGGAAAGUGGCUGCUUUACCUGAUGAAGAUCAGCUCCACAGGACUUGACCAGAUAGAGUGCACUCCUACAGGGGAGAUCAACCCUCUCAACAAGGAACCAGUUAACUCCAGGACGAGAAGAGCAGCAGAAAACACCCAGGGAUCUGACAAAUCCACUUUCUCUCGCUUAACUGAGAACCACGAAUCAACAUCUCUAUCCUGUGGUAAUGGGGCAACUUGUGUGAGGAUAAGGUGCCCCCUGCGGGGCAUGGACAGCAGUGCAGUCAUCACGCUCCAGUCUCGCCUCUGGAACAGCACCUUCAUAGAGGAUUUUUCCAACUUGCACCAUAUGGAGGUGAUAGUGAAGGCCGCCCUGCAUGUUGAUAGCACGACGAAGACAACAGUGCUGCAAAAUGCCGAGACACAGGUGAGGCUGACGGUGUUCCCAGAGAGGCGUGCAGCUCAGUAUGGAGGAGUGCCGUGGUGGAUCAUCGUGUUGUCCAUACUGCUUGGGCUGCUUUUGUUGGCUCUGUUGGCUUUCGUUCUUUGGAAGUGUGGCUUUUUUAAGCGUGCCAAAUAUGAAGACAAUGUUCCCAGUUACAAUGCAGUCCGGAUCAAACGGGAGGAGAGAGCGGUCAACCCUGGAAACGGUAACUGGGAAAACGUGGAGAAGAAGCCGUGGAUGACAACCUGGCAUGACAAUGAACACUAUUCUUAACAGCCAAUGGAAUCUGACAAUACACUUCACUGUCGCUUACUGACGAACUGCCAGUUUCACUCGUUUUUGCUGCCCUGCCUUCACACAGUGAGGACUGUAAAUAUCAAAAUACAAGGAAAAUCAUUUGUUUAAAAACAGAAAAAAAACAUUUGUAGGACUAAAUACUGGAUCUUUGCUUCAGGGGCUGAUCUGAUCUUGAACAAAGUCUGUAUGAAUCACUGGAAGGAGAUUUAUGGUGUGGGAGACGGUCCUGCACAACUACUGUCUGUUAGAGCUUUGGAGCUUAUUUUGUACAUUCACAGUGUUGAUGGGUUGGGGGGUAUGGAAAUGUUUCUAGACGUUUUGUACAUUGUUUUUGAAUGUUUUGCAGAAUUGUUUGUAUUUAUUCGUGCGAGGAGUACUUUCUGUUACGUGCUCCACAGGCCAAAGAUCCAUGCAAUGCAAACCAUACACAGGAGACUUUUUUUUUUUUUAAACUAAAAUCUGUUCAUUUUCCACAGUUUAAGUGCAUUUUUUUUCUCCUGUGCAUCUGUUUAAACAGCUGAUACAUUUUUUUGUGCUCGAGGUGGCUCAGAAUAUACAUAACCUGUAACUUAUCCAGUUAUCAAACAUUUGGUUUAUAAAUACAACCCAACCACUACAAAACCCAUCUUUUAAUCACCGGCUGCACAAUAGGAAGAGCAUGAGAGCCAACAAAGUGUUUUGUGAAUAAAACUUUUAAAUGUCA